AAAAAAAAUUGUAUUAUUAAUUUCUUCCUUUUGUCUGUCAUUUACCAUUCAAAUUUAACACUAAAUUCUUCGAAAACCCCAACACAAUUUUAUUAAACAGAAUGACGCAGCCCUUGUCUAGUUCAAGCUCAAUUGCAGGCUCACCGAGUCCACUACUGGCACAAACACCGGGCACCAAUGUAUCACACCGGCACCUGCAGACGCGGGUAAACAACAGCGGCAGCGGCAGCAGCAGCAGCAGCGGUGGCGGCGGCGGCGGCGGCGGCGGCGGUAUUGGCGGCAGUCAGACAGCUGCGGCGAGCCACGGAUCACGCACAAUGGUCAUUGAUCCAAGCCACACAGUACCGGGACUAGGGCCGGAUCGAUCCGCUGGAGUACUUCAUCUACGCGGAUUCCCCGAAGAACACACAUCAGAAACAACAAUAGCAGCAGCAGUGGGUUCGCCUCGGGUGCAAUGGUCCGAUGAUACGGUGGAUAACGAGGGGCUGGGAAAGAAGAAAAGCAAAGUGUGCUGUAUUUUCCGCAAGGAGCGGCAGUUUGGCGAGUCUGAUUCGGACGAGAGCUGUUGCUCGUCCGACGAUAGCGAUGCGCCCAAUGAGUACGAGCGCAUGCCGCGGCACCGGAAGAAGCACCACCAGAAGCACUAGCAACGGAGAGGCUGCGGAGUCACAAGAGGAAAUCAAAGGACAUCGAUGAAUUGGGGGGGGGAGGUUGGUUGUUGCACAAGGAAGGAAGAAAAGCAAUUUUCUUUAGCACUUACCACUUUGGGAGAGGGGGGGAGGCAGUGUUGUUGUUGGACUGGGCGCCGUGCAUUAUUCAUUAUUUGACUGUGGAUGGUGUGUUGAUGCGCACAUUUGGUGUGUUGAUGAGAGCGCCUUUGGUGUGCUUCCUGUUUCUUUUUUUCCAUUUUUUUUCUUGCCUCAG